UUUACCUAUAAAAUCCUCUCUUAAUCUUCCUUACAACUUAAUUAACCAACCAAAAAAAUCUGAAAAUGCCUAUAAUAUCAAUUACUUCACCUUCCUAUAUUUUAAUAUUCAUGAUUUUGAUGUCUAGCAAGCUGAUCAGCAUCUCCCUUUCUCAAGAUUUUCAUUGUCCAACAGGGAUUCCAAAGUACUCAGUACCAGUGUUCAAAGAAGACAUUGACUUGAUGCAAUUCUCUGAGAAUUUAGAGUUCUUAGAAGCUGAAUACUUCUUGUGGGCUACACAUGGUUAUGGUCUUGAUAUAGUAGCACCAGAAUUAGUCAUAGGUGGGCCUCCCCCAAUUGGUGUCCACAAAGCUAAUCUUGAUCCUUUUACAAAGGACAUCAUCACUGAGUUUGCCUUGCAAGAAGUUGGCCAUCUCAGGGCACUUAAAUCGAAAGUAGGUGGUUUUCCAAGACCUUUGAUGGAUCUAAGUGCUAAAAACUUCGCAAAGCUAUUUGAUGAAGCAUUUGGUUACAAAUUGGAACCCCCAUUUGAUCCUUAUAGAGAUAGCCUCAAUUUCGUGCUGUCUUGCUAUGCACUGCCAUAUACUGCAUUGGUCGGUUAUGUUGGUACAAAUCCCCUCAUCAAAGGCUAUGAAACAAAAAGACUUUUGGCAGGACUAUUAGGAGCUGAAUCAGGGCAAGAUGCAAUGAUCAGAAUGUACCUUUACCAGAGAGCUUCAAAAGUAGUAUACCCGUACAAACACACAGUAGCUGAGUUCACAAUCCACAUCUCCAAUUUAAGAAACCGUUUGGCAAUGUGCGGGACUAAAGACGAAGGUUUGUUCGUGCCAUGGCAACUUGGUGCCGAGAAUCGUACAGCAACUAACAUAUUAUCAGCCGAUGUCAAUUCGCUCUCCCAAUGGCGGACUCCAGCAGAGAUUCUAAGGAUUGUGUAUAACACUGGCAAUGAGCAUGUUCGUGGUGGAUUUUUUCCUCAUGGUGCUAAUGGCAGCAUUGCUAGGAGAUUGUUAAAACUAUAGUAACAGAAAAAUGCUCCAGAAAGACAAACUAUCGCUUGUAAUUGUGAAACAGAGUAACUAAGUUCGGAAAAAUAAUACAUGCAUAAUGCAUUUGUUAGUUGUAACAUAAAAAUAACAUCACAAAUGUAUGAUUCGAGCUUUUUUCUCAGCAGUCAUCCUAAUUCCUAAGUACAUCUCAAGUGAAUGUUGUUAUCGCUAUAUCUAGG